AUGCAAAAUCUUAUCAAAAAGGGUGCAUCCUUUCCAAUUACUGUGAUGCUCAGUGAAUCUCAUGGUACGGGAAAUAUAGUGCAUUGGAUGAACUAUUUUAAAGAAAAAUACAAAGAAACUUUUGGCUUUCGAAAUACAUUCCCCAAACCACCAAUUAUUCAUAGUGACCGUGCUCUCGUAUUCUUGCUAGCUGCGAUUGAAGUUUUUAACUUCGAUGAAACAAUGGCUCGGUACAUAGAAAGAUGUUGGCGCAUAGUUCAGGGAACAGCUAACAAGCGUGACUUAGAACUAACUAUCAUUCAUGCUUGUUUAGGCCAUUUUAUGAAGAGUGUAAAGAGAAAUGCAACUAAAGAAUUAUCGAAAAAAACAGGUAGAAACGUCUUGUACUUACUUAUUUUUUCUACAGGUCGAAGGUCUCUUAUUUAUAUUUCAAAGGUUCCAUUUGGUAUGUGGUUAGCGGCCUUGCUUGUGAAUAGCAGCACUUUUGAUGAAAUGAUAAUUGUUUGGGAGAAUAUCUGUAUUGUAUUAAUUAGCACAAAUCAAAAUGAUCGAUUUAAAAUGUUACUAUCAUUGCUGUCUCAAAUGGCAGAUAAAAUGAAUAAAGAGCCGGAUAAAGCCAAUGAUGUAUUGAAAAAUGUAACAGUAACAUCAAAAAUACAAUGUCAGAGUGAUUUAGACAAAAAUGCAUACGAAAACGAUGAAAAUGAUCUACCACUCGGUGAAGAAGAUGCUGUUCUUCAAAUAGAAUCACCAUUCAACGAAUUAUUCACCAGAAUUUACGAAGAAUGUAAAGAAACGUUAAAAGUAUAUGACGAACCGCAAUGGAACAACUUGCCGAAUAAUCCAUUAUUCUCAGCAGCGUAUUUAACACGUUUAUUGAAACUUUAUAUGCCGACUGAACCAAUUUGGAGUAAUCUUUUGUUAGGCAAUUUCACAAGUCGAUAUGGCUAUAAUUCAAACUUUGCGACAGUGCCAUGUUGCUGUCACACAGGACGAACAACAGGUGUUUCUGAAUCUCGAAUGAGAGUGCUGAAAGAAGCAAUUUAA